CUGCGACAAACUGACAAAGUAAACAAGAUAAUGGAAUUUUCAGGCCGUCAACCUGAAGUUCCAUACUUCAUUGAAGAUUACAGAAAGAGAAAGGAAGAAAACCGUGCAAGAAUAGCCAGAUUGGCCAAAAAUGUGAACAGAGUGAUUGAAGGCGCUAGUACCAGUGCAAACCCAUAUUUUUCAACUGAGAGCAGUGAAGACACGAUCAAUGCGGACCCGCCUCGUGACCUCUGUGUCACACUUGACAUUGAGAAGUUUUUCAGUGGUGAGGAGUGGGCAUCCAAAACUUACCUUGAAAGAAAGCAACUCAGAUAUCAACUGGAAACAUACCGAUAUUCGUUAAAGCAUACUUCAGGCCGUCAACUCAAAGUUCCAUACUUCAUCAAAGAUUACAAAAAGAGAAAGGAAGAAAACCGUGCAAGAAUAGCCAGAUUGGCCAAAAAUGUGAACAGAGUGAUUGAAGGCGCUAGUACCAGUGCAAACCCAUCUUUUCCAACUGAGAGCAGUGAAGACACGAUCAAUGCGGACCCGCCUCGUGACCUCUGUGUCACACUUGACAUUGAGAAGUUUUCCAGUGGUGAGGAGUGGGCAUCCAAAACUUACCUGGAAAGAAAGGAACUCAGAUAUCAACUGGAAACAUACCGAUAUUCGUUAAAGCAUACUUCAGGCCGUCAACCUGAAGUUCCAUACUUCAUUGAAGAUUACAAAAAGAGAAAGGAAGAAAACCGUGCAAGAAUAGCCAGAUUGGCCAAAAAUGUAAACAGAGUGAUUGAAGGCGCUAGUACCAGUGCAAACCCAUCUUUUCCAACUGAGAGCAGUGAAGACACGAUCAAUGCGGACCCGCCUCGUGACCUCUGUGUCACACUUGACAUUGAGAAGUUUUUCAGUGGUGAGGAGUGGGCAUCCAAAACUUACCUGGAAAGAAAGGAACUCAGAUCUCAACUGGAAACAUACCGAUAUUCGUUAAAGCAUACUUCAGGCCGUCAACCUGAAGUUCCAUACUUCAUCAAAGAUUACAAAAAGAGAAAGGAAGAAAACCGUGCAAGAAUAGCCAGAUUGGCCAAAAAUGUAAACAGAGUGAUUGAAGGCGCUAGUACCAGUGCAAACCCAUAUUUCUCAACUGAGAGCAGUGAAGACACGAUCAAUGCGGACCCGCCUCGUGACCUCUGUGUCACACUUGACAUUGAGAAGUUUUUCAGUGGUGAGGAGUGGGCAUCCAAAACUCACUUGGAAAGAAAGCAACUCAGAUUUCAACUGGAAACAUACCGAUAUUCGUUAAAGCAUACUUCAGGCCGUCAACCUGAAGUUCCAUACUUCAUUGAAGAUUACAAAAAGAGAAAGGAAGAAAACCGUGCAAGAAUAGCCAGAUUGGCCAAAAAUGUGAACAGAGUGAUUGAAGGCGCUAGUACCAGUGCAAACCCAUAUUUCUCAACUGAGAGCAGUGAAGACACGAUCAAUGCGGACCCGCCUCGUGACCUCUGUGUCACACUUGACAUUGAGAAGUUUUUCAGUGGUGAGGAGUGGGCAUCCAAAACUCAUCUGGAAAGAAAGGAACUCAGAUUUCAACUGGAAACAUACCGAUAUUCGUUAAAGCAUACUUCAGGCCGUCAACCUGAAGUUCCAUACUUCAUUGAAGAUUACAAAAAGAGAAAGGAAGAAAACCGUGCAAGAAUAGCCAGAUUGGCCAAAAAUGUGUCAGGAUCAAAUCAUGAAAGCGUUGGCAAGAAACACCGUCGUUCAAAAAGAAGUGUGACUGACGGGUUUGUUUUUUGUGAUCUGUACGGGAGAGUGGUACAAGCAAUGUAAAAUUCACGGAAAAAUGAUGAUCAUAACAAAUAUCCCGGAGGGAGAAAUGGCCGGUGGGUACUGGAUGCGAUAUGUGAACUGCGCAAGACACAUUAAUGAAAUUAAUCUGAUGCCACAUCACUAUGAAGGAAGACUUUAUUACAGAACUUCGCGUGUCGUUGGUCCCCAUGAAGAGCUGUUUGUGCUCGAUUCAUCCCUCCUCGAUAGGAUAGAUUUAUCUAUAUUAUGUCCCAACACAUAUCCAGUAGGAUAGUCUUUUCCAUGAUUAGAGUUCCUUUUUAUUUUCCUUCUUGGAAAAUAUUAUUUAAAUCCAAAUAUUGUACUUGAAGACAAGAAAUGCAUAUUAUAGAGUAGAAUGAGUUACAUGUUUUAAAUGUUUUUAAGAAUAUCUCAGAACCUCAUUUCAAUUGCAGAUAACUGAAUUUGGACCAAAUCUUCAAUAUUCACUUCUCAUAUAAAUAUCUAAAAUCGUUUUUCAGCAUAGCGCAUUCUAGUCUUGCUGUUACAAGUGGAUUGGAGAGGGCAUUGUUGUUGUAAUAAUAUUCAUCAGUAUCCGCUAAAAUAUGUUGACUCAUGAACAUAACAGAUUGUGACCCUGCAGAAGGAAGGUUCUGUUAGAAUUUUUGAUGAGACGGUACUUUGAUUACCUAUUUGUCGUUCUUGGAGUGAACUAACUCGAAUAGUUCUUUUCCUCUGAACUGAGAGUCAAAUAAAGCAAAUUGUGUUUACACAGAAGCUCACGCUAUUUCAAAAUCUCUACCAAUCUAUUUUACUUGUAACUUGAGGAAUAUAAGCGUGAUGAGACUACAGGAAAUCUAAAUUAUUCAAAGAAAAACAUUGUGAAAGUUAGGUAAGCUAAGUUAGUUCAAUUAUUCUGGAAAUCUUGUCAUCAGAUAAACCUGUCAAAACUAGAGCUUGUUGAGUACUGAAAUUCUAGAUAAGAUUAAUUUAAGGGCCGGUUGCCGAGCUCGGGAUUUGGCUAAGUUCUAGACUUUAAACAGCUGGAGUCAGAAAAUUGGCUUUCCGAAAUGGGGCGUAGUCGCAGUCAUUGUCAUAGUCACGUUUGAAUUAAAUUUCAAAAAACUAGGAAAUUGAACACAAAAUAAAAUAAAGAGAAAAUAGUAUAGAGCUUCAGCUAUUUUGAAUUAUUUAUGAAUGUUUCAUUUAGUCAAGGAAAACCGUUUCCAAUUACGGAGAAAUGAGAAAAUAAAGAUUUAUUUUGCUGUUACUAUUACUGCGACUACGCCCCGUUUUGGAAAGUCAAUUUUCUGACUCCAGCUGUUUAAAGUCUAGAACUUAGCUAAGUCCCGAGCUCGGAAUCCGGCCCUAAGACUUGAAAGUUAAAAGAUUAUCCAGGAAAUACAUAGAUAUGAUAAUAAAUGAAAUAUAGUAAUUCAUUGUUUUAAAAGUAAGAUAUGGAAAAGUUCUUAAUCUGUGUUGACUAAAGAAAGCCAUUGUUUGUAAUGAACGAUUUAUUGAAACACAUAUCUAUAAUAAUUAAUAUUUUAGUGAGCUAAUAGUACUAUGUUAGUUACUUAUACCUUGUAAGCUAAUGUGGAAUUAUGUUUAAAAGAUAGUCUUUAAAAUAGCGUGAAUCUAUUCCAAUACAAUGUCAUCUAAAUUGAUAGUUACAUUACCGAAGGAAUUCGAUUUUCACUAUAAUAUAAGAAAACCUUUUAAAGAACAUCAACAGAUCUCAUUAAUACUUUGUAAAUAUCAUUAACUGGGCCACAAGAUAGCAAUUGACUA